AUGCACUCUCGCCCACCUGUUGUAGAUGAGCAUACGGAGGUGGACUCCAAGGGUAUUCUAUGGCGUAAUAAGCAGUAUCCGCCACCGCGGUGGGUGAAAGCUGUAGACACGUUUACUGGCCCUGGUGGCGGGGCAGAGCAGAGCCUCCCAUGGCUCCUCUUCACACCUUACGCACGUCUUGCUUGA